GUCAGGCGGUUUAAUGGCUGCUCCAUCUGGCGCACGUGCAGGCUGGGAUGCGAGCUCGUGGUCGGUGCGAGACGACGCCACCGCCGAGCACGUCACGCGUGUCACGUGUCACGGGGUCCGCUCCCGUUCCAGACACUUCCUGCACAGCGAAAGUCACACCUCCCUGGCCUUUGGCCUCCCAGUGACUCCGCUCUGGACGUCCGAGGGGCUCCGUCUCGCUCUCGGUCCGUCAGCACGUAUUAAUAGCGGCCCCGAGCGCGCGCUCCGCUCCGGGGACGAGCGGCAGGUUCGCUUAGGUGCUUCUUUUCGGGUGACAUCCGCCCCGAGGACAACAACGGGCGCAUUGUGCCCGCAGCCGGACUCGCGUCCGCGCCGGGACAUUCCGCAGCAUUCCUGAGGACACUGUCGCCGUGACUGGGAGCUCUGUUCCGGGCGCAGCCGCGCCGCAGCAGACCCCGCGGGAGGGCUCCGGCCGCCGCGUCCCAAAUUCCACAGCCGCGCAGGGAUCCCGACAGAGGACCGACGUGCCCCGACAGCGCUCCGCCGUGCAGCCAGGAGUCGUCCUCCAUCCCGUAGUUCUUGGCACGUGCGAUAAUUGGAGCGCACUGAUGCUGGAAACAAGACGCCUCUUGCCUGGGCGUCACCUUAGGCUCCCAGCGAAGGGCCACACGUCUGCUACACCUAUGAUUUGUUACCGAGCCACUAAAGCAAAAAUGUGAUUAAAUUAUCACACGUGUUAAAUCACAGCGCCGGGUGCAAAAUUAUUAUAUGAUGCCUGGAUUCUUAGUUCAUAUGAAAUGCGUUUUCUUAUAGAUGUAAAUGAGUUGAAAGCCUUGAAGUCACGCAUAUGCGAGAGUGAUAAUAAAAUACUAAUUGCAGUUUAUAGAUAUGAUUUGUUUACACCGGAGAACGAAGCUUGUGAGUGUAAACGUUUCGCUGUAGUCCGUGUAGCGUCAUUCCUGGACACACGCUGUGAGUGUCUCUCCAUCCUCCGUGAUAAUCGCGCUCGAGUGACAUAUUGUUUUAUAUCAGGAGCGUGAACGGAGCGCGCGCUUCGCUGAGGCGUCGGUGAGCGGAGGCGGGGCGCUAGGACCGAGCGGUCCGCGGGCGCAAAGCGCGUCUGGGUCGGACAAGAGACUUUUAUCUGUGGCUCCGUGUCCGAGCAGGAGUUCAGCGUUCAGGGAACAUCCAGCGCGACUGGGUCAACAUCUGCUGCUUUAUCUCUGGGAUAAAAAAAAAGUUGCCGGAGUCAAAGCUGAGAUUUUUAUAAGAGAGUCAGAGAGAGAGAGGGAGAGAGAAAGUACCUGUCGACCACCGGGGAGGAUGAGGGAAACCCGGGACGUGACACCGGAGGUCUCGAAGGCUGACUGCGAUGUAAACAGGAACCACUGAUCUGCAACCAGCAGUGUUUUCCAUCGCCGCCAUGACGUCACGUGACGCCUCCGUCCUGACUCACCUGCUCCUGCAGCUCCUCCUGCAGCUCCUCCUGCCCUCCACCUUGUCCCUUCUGCACCCGCCGCCCAUCCACAUCCCCACCCUGGUCCCCCACUCGCCGACGCCCCUCGGCCGCUCCCGCUUCAGCGCUCACGCCCGCCUGGAUUUCGCCACCCGCUGCAACUCCAGCUGCUUCCACCGCGGCGUGGAGGAGCCGGCGCCGCAGCUCACGGAGAAGCUGGCCUUCGAGACGCUGUACGCCGACGGCUCGCGCACGCUCACCGCGGUGCAGGUGGAGGCCGGGGACGAGGUCGCGGGGGAGGCGGGCGACGCUCCUCACCCCUCCAGCCCCGGGCCCCGAGCGAAGCCCAAACGCCGGCGCGUGAGGCGCCAGAUCUACGGCGCCGACGGGCGCUUCAACAUCCAGGGCCACGACUUCCUGCUGGAUUACCCGUUCUCCACGGCGGUGCGGAUCUCCACCGGCUGCACCGGCGUCCUGGUGUCGCAGCUGCACGUGCUCACGGCCGCUCACUGUGUGCACGACGGCAAGGAUUAUGUGAAGGGCGCCAGGAAGCUCCGGGUGGGAUUCCUCGUGCUCCCAUCCAUCAACGGCACCAACGCCGGCCUCACUCCACCCACGAAGCCUCUGGUCCGCUGGGUGAGGGUGAGACGCACGCGCGUGCCCAAGGGCUGGAUUCAGGGGCCCCAGGAGGUCAGCAUGGACUUCGACUAUGCGCUGCUGGAGCUGCGCUGGCCCCACAGGGGUCCCUUCAUGCGCCUCUCCGUGACCCCCUCCUCCGAUGACCUCGCGGGGAAGCGCAUCCACUUCUCUGGGUUUGACAGCGACCGACCCGGGGAGCUGGUCUACAGGUUUUGUCCCGUGGAGGAAGAGUCCAGCGACCUGAUAUACCAGCACUGCGACGCCCGACCUGGAGCCAGCGGCUCCGGCGUGUACGGGAGGGUGUGGGACAGCGGCUUGGAGCGCUGGGAGAGGAAGGUCAUCGGCAUUUUCUCCGGACACCAGUGGCUGGAAAUAGACGGCGAGAACCGGGAUUACAACGUGGCGGUGCGCAUCACCCCGCUAAAGUUCGCCCAGAUCUGUUACUGGGUUCAUGGGAACGGACCAGAAUGUGUCCAGGACUGAACAGAGGUUUUAAGAGAAAUACAUGAAAAAUACACGAAAGCACAAAGUGACUUAUAAAGAGCAUAAUAAAUAUUAAAGUCCUUCAUUUUUACAUCAGUAAACAGGGAUACUAUUGGAUCUAGUUUCACUUGACUUCUGUGUUUAAUUGGCUUUCUGUGACCUCUGGGUCUAUUAAACAAAUAUGUCUGUGACACCAUUACACAGCUCCUUUUAAUAUAUUUUAGCCGCCGUCAGAUUAAUAACAUAGUCAGAGUUUCCACUGUAUUAACAUAAGCCACUUUUUACAAGAGGGAAAAAACGUGUUUCCUGCUGCUUGGGUCCGGCAGCAGGUUAUUUUCCUACUGUGUCUGACGGUGAUGUAUGGAGGAUAUUGUUAUUCAUUUUCCUCUCUGCUUUAGAUUAAGUGUCUUGGUUUGUAGGUAGCUCUUCCAGAAUCAGGCUUCUGCCAUAAGGUGCAUUCUGAUAAAUACGCAGCUGACAGUAGUUUAUCGACCGCGGAUUAAUGUCAUCCCGAUGUUUCAGUUUCUCAUUGUCGACAGCAGAGACAGAGUGUUAUUUUUAUUUUUUACAAAAAUGCUUGAUAUAUUUUAAUAAAGAGAGAUUUAUAAAUGUU